AGGAGAGAGUGACAGUCGGCGAGAGACUGCGAACCAUGGCGGAUGUCAGCGAAGACCCUGUGGCCCCGAUCGUGGAAAAUGUGGUGGAGAACAUCACCGCGGCGACCAACGGCACGGGAAAGCCUCCCUCGACCCCCGAGGGCAUGGCGCUGGCCUACGGAAGUCUGGUCGUGAUGGCGCUCAUCCCGAUCUUCUUCGGGUCGUUCCGAUCGGUGAAGCACCAGCAGCAGCAGAAGGCUGCUGGGGAGAAGGUGGAUACAAUGACCUCAAAGGAUGCUGCCUUAUUCCCCAUAAUUGCUUCCUGUGCACUUUUUGGCCUCUACAUUGUCUUUACGGUCUUCUCCAAGGAAUACAUCAAUUUACUGCUUUCAUCAUAUUUCUUCUUCCUUGGAGUCUUAGCUCUCUCUCAUGUCUUCAGGUAAGAUAUAUGCUAAGUGGGAAAAACUAGGGUGAAUAUAGUAAUAGUGAUAGUAGUAAUUGUAAUAUCUAUGAUAAUAGGGGUGGUAAUGAAACUUUGCUAUGUAUGAUCAUAUUGUUUUUCAUUUUCUUCAUCAUUAUCUUUAGUAACGUUAUAGUUGUAGAAUUGGUGUAG